GUGCUCUCCUCUAGAUCGCAGCACCUCGAGGUCAUCGGCCUGGCUGCGAGUCAAAACAAAAGUUCGCCCAGAGAUUUGACACCGCUGAAUGAAAACUGCAACUGGACCGUCAAGUCCUGUUUCAUCAUCUGCAUUCCAGCAAGGACAAGGAGUGGAGCAACCAAAGUGAGGCACAAUGUCAUCAACUAAAAGUCUUUCCGAUCUGACCAUUGGUUUCAUUGGUGCUGGAAACAUGGCUUGGGCCAUUUUCCAAAACCUCCUAAAUGCAGGGCUCCCUGCUGGCCAAGUGACAGUUUCGGCACCGAGUGACCGGAAUUUGGGAAAAUGGAAGGACGCUGGGGCACAAACGGUGCGCAGUAACUGUGAGGUUGCCACCGCCAGUGAAGUUGUCAUCCUGGCCUUGAAACCGCAGCAAUUUCAAGGACAAUGGACAGAGCGAUUACCAGCAAAUAAAGAGGUUCUCUACAUAUCUGUGAUGGCUGGAAUCAGCACUGGUGCUAUACGGGAUAACAUCAUAGGGAAAGGUGUUCUCCGGGGUAAUGCUGCUGUGGUUCGGACAAUGCCCAACACCCCAAUGAUGGCCGGUUUAGGCGCCACGGUGAUUUGUGCCGAUCCUUACACACCAAGAGAACAUAUUGAAAUUGCCAAAUUGAUUUUUGGAGCUGGAAACUGUCUCGCCGAAGAAGUGCCCGAGACUUUGGUGGACGCCGGAGGCGCCCUGGUGGGUUGUGGCCCAGCCUUUGUCUACCAGUUCAUCGAGGCCCUGGCCGACGGUGCCGUGGCCCAAGGAGUUCCAAGAGACAUGGCUAACAGACUGACAGCCCAAAUGGUGCUCGGCGCCGCUAAAAUGGUCCAGACAACUGGAAAGCACCCUGGACUGCUCAAGGACGAGGUCUGCAGUCCUGCUGGCACCACCAUUGCUGGGCUCCACGCUCUCAAAAAAGGACAAAAUUUCAAUGUGGCCGUCAUGGACGCCAUCGAGGCCUCCACGGCAAGAAGCAAGCAGCUGAACAAAUGAAGGAACAACGAGUCUCUCAACCGAACAAAUAUUUUUCUGUCUUUCAUCACUUCUUGAUCAAUAGCACCAAAUUGUUGCCAAUAAAUCUAUGCUAUAGGGAAAGGAACUUAUCUUGUGU